AUGGGCCCCUGUACCGCCUCCUCAUGCUGCUGCCAGGCCUGUAAUCUGCCAUGGGCCCCUGUACCGCCUCCUCAUGCUGCUGCCAGGCCUGUAAUCUCCAUGGGCCCCUGUACCGCCUCCUCAUGCUGCUGCCAGGUCCAGAGUCUUUCAUGGGUCCCUGUACGGCCUCCCAUUGCUGCUGUCUCCAUCGCCACACUCUGCCAUGUGCCACUUUCAGGUCUCCUCACACUGCUGGUUGUGUUCCAUUUUGUCAUAGUAUUUGGUGCUGGCAGAUUACGGGCCUCCAGAUUGCUGCUGCCAGGCCUGUAAUCUGCCAUGGCCCCUGUACCGCCUCCUCAUGCUGCUGCCAGGUACAGAGUGUCUAAUGGGUCCCUGUACGGCCCACCCCAUUGCUGCUGUCUCCAUCGCCACACUCUGCCAUGUGCCACUUUCAGGUCCUCCUCACACUGCUGGUGUGUUCCAUUUUUGUCAUAGGGUGCUG